AUGCAGCUUGUGAUGGCGGUGGUUGCGGCGGCGGUGUAUGCGCUGGUGGCGCUGUCGGUGGCGCCGCCGCUGGACCCGGCGCACUGCGUGGCGCUGGCGCCGCUGGCGCCUGUGCAUGCGGCGGUGUGCGGCGGCGGCGGCGGGGCGCAGGUGGCGGUGACUGUGGGCGCGGCGGCGGGGGCGGCGCAGCGGGCGGCGGCGGGAGCGGUGGCGGCGGCGGUGCGGGCGGCGGUGGCGGGCAACGGCGAGGCGGCGGCGCGGGUGGCGGUCUAUGCCGACGGCGAGUUGGUGGUGGACGUGCGGGCGGUGUCGGGCGGGGCGGCGGCGGCGACGGGCGACGACGCGCCCGACGACGACCUCUUUGUCGUCUUCUCCUGCACCAAGGUCCUGGAGUCGCUGGCUGUCGCCAUCCUUGCCGACCGCGGCUUCCUCGACUAUGACGCGCCCAUCACCGACGUCUGGCCGGGCUUUGCCCCCGGCAAUGGCUCGGCCACCCUCGCCCACCUCAUGCGCCACGAGCUCGGCCUGCCGGCCCUCGACCGCACCCUCUCGCUCGGCUGGCUCUCCGCGAGCUCUGAUUCCGAGCGUACUGCGCUAGCCGAGACGCUUGCCGUCCAGAUGCCGAUGUCCGCGCCGGGCGAGCGCACCUUCUACCACGCCAUCACCCGCGGCCUGUUUGUGGACGAGAUCGUCCGCCGCGCCGACCCACACGGCCGCUCGCUCGCGCACUUUGUGCAGGAGGAGAUUGCCGCACCGCUCGGCCUGGUUGGUGAGCUGGCCAUCGGCGACGGGCCCGGCGGCCUCACGCCCACCCUCGAUGCCCGCGUCGUCACGCACAUUCCGCCGCACAUUCUCACGCUCGCCGGCACCUACCUGCCGCAGCUCUUUCUGCCGCGCGGGCUGGCGCGUGCAUUGUACUCGGACGACACAGUUCUCGACGGGUUUGAAGCCGACUUUAUGGCAAGCAUCGUGCUUUCGCCGUCAUCGACAGCGGCGCGCUCGAUCACCAUCGCCGACUCUGCCGGCGAGCGGCUCAAGUCGGCGGCGGACAUGGCUAACUCGCCCGAGUUCCGCGCGCGGGGCCUGACGUCGGCGGCGGGAGUGACUCACGCGAGAGCGCUGGCCAAGAUCGGGUCGGUGCUGGCGGGUGGCGGUGCGCCGCUGCUCUCGCCGGCCGGCCUCGCCGCUGCCAACGCCGUCCGCGACGACGCCCCGCGCUUUGACGAGGGCUUUUGGCGGAACAUCUCUUACUCGGCGGCCGGGUGGGGCAUGGAUCGCUUUGCCCUUUACGGCCUGCCCGACUGGGAGGGUUGGGCCGGUGCUGGGGGAGCGGUCUUCAUCUGGAACCGCAAGAUCAACACGGCGUUUGCCUACACCCCGUCGCUCCUCCUCCCCCGGCUGAAAAAGGUGCGCGGGACGCGGUACCUGCGGGCGUACCUCGACGCGCUCGACGCAGCGGCGGCUUGA